AUGGCACCGGCUACUACGACAUCCGCCCAAGGUGGCAUGUUUCAUACCUUCCAGGGCGUCACUCCCAGGAAACCAGCUUCAGAGCAGCAACAAGAAAACCCCAAAUCCAGCAGUGCCGCCGCGGCAAAGAGAAUCACAACGCCUCAUGCGUGUGCUGAGUGCAAACGCCGCAAGAUUCGAUGUGACGGCCAACAACCUUGUGGCCAGUGUCUCUCCAGCCGUGCUCCUAAGCGUUGCUUCUACGACAAGCAUCGUCAACGCGUGAUUCCAUCACGCAAAACCCUUGAGGCCUUGUCUCAGUCCCUGGAAGAGUGCCGGUCGAUCCUGAACCGGCUAUAUCCCACCCAUGAUGUUCAGUCUCUUCUGCCACUCUCCCGGCACGAGCUCUUGGAUCUUCUCGACCGCCCAUUUAUUGACACAUCCCUCCACGGGCUUCCAUCACCACCUCUCACAUCGCCAACUCUUAACGGCGAGCUUGAUUCACCAAUAUGUUCCACCUCCGGAGAGAGCCUGUCUACGCUCGAGCAGCUUCCUGGCCGGGACACCGAGUGGGACGAGGAGCGCAGAGGCAGGGAACCAAUCCCCGUGGAAGCGGACGAUGUCAACGCUCUCUCCCUCUCUGUUGACCGGCAGACCUCGUACCUGGGGGCUUCCUCCAUCAAGGCUGCGUUGAUGGUCAUGCUCAAGGUCCAGCCUCAACUCCGAAAUGCUCUAGCCGCACCGCUCAACACCUCCGAAAUCCCACACAGCUUCCCCGCGGCUCGAACCAAGUCAUCGACGCAAAAGGACCCGCAAAGGAUCCCGUGGUCGUGGAAAGGCCAAACCCUGAUCGACGCCUAUUUCAAGAGAAUCCACGUGUUCAUCCCGAUGCUUGACGAGACGUCCUUCCGUGCCGACUACCUGGAGGGACAGCGAUUUGACGUUCCCUGGUUGGCACUUGUCAACAUGGUUUUCGCCAUGGGAAGCAUCGUGGCGAUGAAGUCAGAUGACUACAACCACGUCAACUACUACAACAGAGCAAUGGAGUUCCUGCCUCUGGACGCUUUCGGCAGCAGUCACAUCGAGACCGUACAAGCACUGGCCCUGAUUGGCGGCUACUACCUACACUACAUCAACAGACCAAACAUGGCAAACGCUGUUCUUGGAGGCACCAUCCGGAUGGCAAGCGCCCUUGGCCUUCACAGAGAGAGCCUUGCCCAGAGCACCAGCGACGUGUCCGCUGCGGAGACGCGGAGACGCACAUGGUGGAGCCUGUUCUGCUUGGACACCUGGGCGACCACAACCAUGGGCCGACCUUCAUUCGGACGCUGGGGAUCUGCAAUCAACAUCCGAGCUCCUGAGUUUGGCAUCAACUCUUCUCGAGACUCGUCACAGCACGCAGGCAUCCUGCCGCUGAUUGAGAACAUCAAGUUCUGCAAGAUUGCCACCGCCAUCCAGGACACGCUGGCUGUAGCACCCCUGGUCUCAACCGAGGACCGCCACAGCCUGGACGGCCAGCUCGUCAACUGGUACAGCAGCCUCCCGUGGCUUCUACGGACCACGGACCCCUGUGCGGAGCCGCUCUACAUUGCACGCUGCAUCAUGAAGUGGCGGUACCAGAACCUACGCAUGCUUCUCCACCGCCCAGUGCUCCUGAGCCUCGCCAGCGCCAAUGCGCAGGAGGCGACCGACCUGGCCAAGCACACCAUCGACGACAUCGCGCGGGAGUGGACGCGCAACCAGAUGCAGGGGUGGAACGCGGCAUGGUUCCUCUACCAGGCGGCCAUGGUACCGCUUGUGUCUGUGUUCUGGCAGUGGAACAGCCCGCGCGUGCCCGAGUGGAACAAGCAGAUCGAGACGGUGAUCGAGCUACUCGACGCCAUGGAGGACUGGUCGCUGGCGGCGCGACGCAGCCGCGAGGUCGUCUGGCGCAUGUAUGAGGCCAGCCGCACCAUUGCGCACACGCGGUCCGAAGCAGCAGCAGCAGCACCCCUGACGCCGGGCUCGCUGCACAGCCUGGCCAUCAGCACCGACAUGAGCGCGCUGCUGGCCGGGUCCCCCGGCUCCGAGCUGCACAUGUCGCCCAUCGGGCUGGGGCCGGACGGCAUCCCCAUCAUGGACAUGCUGGACCAGCACGGCCUGCUCAUGGACCACGAGGGCAUGUACUGGGGCCAGGCGGACGACAUGAGCCUCGACCAGUACUCGGGCGUCCACGACGGCGGCAUGGGCCUGGGCGCCCCACAACAGCAGCAGCAGCCCAUCGACUACAGCAUGCUGACGGGGCCUGGUGGCCACCACCACCCCGGCUCGCUGGACGGCGGCUAUCCCUUCGUCCACUGA